AUGGCACACUCGACGCGCUUCGCCGUUCUCGCACUCGCCGCGCUCCUCGCGCUGCUCCCCGCGCACGCAGCGCCCGCUCCACCGCCCUGCGCGCUCACGGGGCUUCCGCCGACGAAGCCCGUCGUUCCGCCGUCGCGGUGCCCCGCGGCGGCGCAGCUGUCGUGCUGCGCGGACUGCUCCGACACGAGUCUGGCGCUGCAGCUCGUUUCCACCAACCUCGCGGAUGUCGUUCAACAGAUCGACCCCUCCCUCGGCGGCUUCAUCGAGGCGGGUCUGAUGGUGUGCGAAGCGUUCAAGCCGUACCCCAAGUGCAUGCUGAUGAUUGAGGAGAUCGUCUGCGGCACCACGUGCAACCCAGACUCGGGAAGCUACGUUUCGAAGUCACCGUCGGGUGAAUACAUCAUGACGGUCUGCCCGGAAUUUGCGAAUGCGACCUACGACAUGUGCAAGGACGUCGAAAUCAGUGGCUUCGCGCUCAACCUGUUCAUCCCUGACGCGAAUGCCAUGAUGACCAUGGUGGUUUCCAAUGUCAUUGCAGUCAUGGGUGUGAAGAACUUCAACAUCACCAUCGCUCCUGGGGCAUGCUUCACGGGAGCCGCAGCCGCGCCAACCUACACCCCCUGCUGUGACCCCCUCGCGGUCGACCCCAAGUGCCCUGCAGGGUCAGUGGAUACAGUCAAGUACGCGCCCUACAUCAACCGCACCAUCGAUUCUGCAGCCUGCAUGGGCAGUGCACCCCAGCCCGCCCCUGGCCCUUCCACCUCCCCUCCCGCACCUGGUCCCACUGCGCCUACUCCUGCUGCGCCUGCUCCUGCUCCUGUUCCCUCUGCACCUACUCCUGCUGCACCUACUCCUGCUGCACCUACUCCCUCUGCGCCUGCACCCACUGCGGGGACCCCCCCGCCUUCGCCCCAAGCGCCAGGAGUGGCGCCUAGCACCCCUCCUGCCUAUCCUAGUCCAACGCCUGUGAAUCCCUCGCCGCCGCCCCCUCCGUCCAAGUCCGGGGCUGGUUCUGCGGCUUCGCUGAUGUCGGCGGUGGCUCUGGCGGUUGUCUCCGCGCUCCUCGCGCUUCUCCCCGCGCUGCUCCCCGCGCGCGCUGCGCCCGCCGCUGCCGUCGAUCUCUGCGCCCUCACCGGGCUUCCGCCGAAGAAGCCCGUCGUUCCGCCGCGCCGGUGCCCCACGGCGGCGGAGCUAUCGUGCUGCACGGACUGCGCGGACACGAAUCGCGCGCUGCAACUCGUGUCGUCCACCCUCGACGAUGUCGCGCAACGGAUCGACCCCAAAAUCCCCGGCAGCGGCAUAAUAGAUCUCAGCCCCAUGCGCUUCCUCCCAUCCGUCACUACGUGCCCAUAUUUUUCGGUCCUUGUUUCCCUUCUCCUGUGUUCUCCUGUCCCUGUUUCCUUUCUCCCUGUUUCCUUUCUCCCUGUUUCCUUUCUCCCUGUUUCCUUUCUCCCUGUUUCCUUUCUCCCUGUUUCCUUUCUCCCUGUUUCCUUUCUCCCUGUUUCCUUUCUCCCUGUUUCCUUUCUCCCUGUUUCCUUUCUCCCUGUUUCCUUUCUCCCUGUUUCCUUUCUCCCUGUUUCCUUUCUCCCUGUUUCCUUUCUCCCUGUUUCCUUUCUCCCUGUUUCCUUUCUCCCUGUUUCCUUUCUCCCUGUUUCCUUUCUCCCUCCUCUCCCUGUUUCCUUUCUCCCUGUUUCCUUUCUCCCUGUUUCCUUUCUCCCUGUUUCCUUUCUCCCUGUUUCCUUUCUCCCUGUUUCCUUUCUCCCUGUUUCCUUUCUCCCUGUUUCCUUUCUCCCUGUUUCCUUUCUCCCUGUUUCCUUUCUCCCUGUUUCCUUUCUCCCUGUUUCCUUUCUCCCUGUUUCCUUUCUCCCUGUUUCCUUUCUCCCUGUUUCCUUUCUCCCUGUUUCCUUUCUCCCUGUUUCCUUUCUCCCUGUUUCCUUUCUCCCUGUUUCCUUUCUCCCUGUUUCCUUUCUCCCUGUUUCCUUUCUCCCUGUUUCCUUUCUCCCUGUUUCCUUUCUCCCUGCUUCCCUUCUCCCUGUUUCCUUUCUCCCUGUUUCCUUUCUCCCUGUUUCCUUUCUCCCUGUUUCCUUUCUCCCUGUUUCCUUUCUCCCUGUUUCCUUUCUCCCUGUUUCCUUUCUCCCUGUUUCCUUUCUCCCUGUUUCCUUUCUCCCUGUUUCCUUUCUCCCUGUUUCCUUUCUCCCUGUUUCCUUUCUCCCUGUUUCCUUUCUCCCUGUUUCCUUUCUCCCUGUUUCCUUUCUCCCUGUUUCCUUUCUCCCUGUUUCCUUUCUCCCUGUUUCCUUUCUCCCUGUUUCCUUUCUCCCUGUUUCCUUUCUCCCUGUUUCCUUUCUCCCUGUUUCCUUUCUCCCUGUUUCCUUUCUCCCUGUUUCCUUUCUCCCUGUUUCCUUUCUCCCUGUUUCCUUUCUCCCUGUUUCCUUUCUCCCUGUUUCCUUUCUCCCUGUUUCCUUUCUCCCUGUUUCCUUUCUCCCUGUUUCCUUUCUCCCUGUUUCCUUUCUCCCUGUUUCCUUUCUCCCUGUUUCCUUUCUCCCUGUUUCCUUUCUCCCUGUUUCCUUUCUCCCUGUUUCCUUUCUCCCUGUUUCCUUUCUCCCUGUUUCCUUUCUCCCUGUUUCCUUUCUCCCUGUUUCCUUUCUCCCUGUUUCCUUUCUCCCUGUUUCCUUUCUCCCUGUUUCCUUUCUCCCUGUUUCCUUUCUCCCUGUUUCCUUUCUCCCUGUUUCCUUUCUCCCUGUUUCCUUUCUCCCUGUUUCCUUUCUCCCUGUUUCCUUUCUCCCUGUUUCCUUUCUCCCUGUUUCCUUUCUCCCUGUUUCCUUUCUCCCUGUGCAAACCAUGAUGAGCAUGGUGGUCUCCUACCUCGAGGCCUUGCUCGUGUCCAUCGUCCCUCUCAGAUCGUUCUGCCCAUCUUGCCACUCAGCUCGACCAUGCAUCACAGGAGCCGCAGCCGCGCCAACCGACACCCCCUGCUGCGCCCCCCUCGCCGUCGACCCCAAGUGUCCCGCGGGGGCAGUUGACAAAGUCAAGUACGCGCCCUACAUCAACCGCACCCUCGAUUCUGCCGCCUGCAUGGCCGGUGCACCCCGGCCUGCUCCUGCGCCGUCCCCUCCUCCCGAUGCUCCUGCUCCCCCUGCGCCUGUAGCUGCUGCGCCUGCACCCUCUCUGAUUUCUCCCGCUGCGCCGGCUCCUGCUCCGCCUGCACCCACUGCUGGGACCCCCCAACUUCUCCCCAAGCGCCAGGGGUGGCGCCUACCUCCCCCCCUGCCCCUCCCAGCCCAACGCCUGUGA